AGUGACGGCGUGUCAAUGGCCACACAUGCAUCAGAGAGGAAGGCUCUGAGAUACAAACAAACCCUGCUUUAUGGAGAGUACCAGGAGCAGCAAGGAGGUCCCAGCAGGCGGGAGGCCAGGCGGCUGCUGACAGAGCGACAGAUCAAGAAGCAUGGCCGCCAUCCCGGCGGUACCGCCAAGGCACGCCUGCAGGGGCACGGCCGGCGGAGCCAAAAUGGCUUCCAGGGCCGCCGCCACAGCUGGCAGAGGAAGCGGCGGCAGUCCAGCGUGGCGGAGGAGUCUGCAGAGGGUCAAAAUUCAGAGUCCUCCAUGAAGCCGAGAAGCUCUUACUCCAAGUGUAGAGAUUGCGUGGGCCGUGUGCAGAGAUUCCUGGUGGACCGGCUUGGAGAAGACUGGAUCUUCCUGGUCCUGCUCGGCAUCACUAUGGCACUAGUCAGCUGGACCAUGGACUACACCAGCGCCAAGAGCCUGCAAGCAUACAAGUGGAUCCACGGCCAGCUGAGUGGAAACAUCCCCCUGCAAUUUGUGGCCUGGGUGUCCUACCCGCUGGUCUUCAUCCUCUUCUCCUCGCUCUUCUGCCAGCUGGUGGCUCCUCAAGCCAUCGGUUCAGGCAUCCCCGAGCUGAAGACCAUCCUGAGGGGCGUGGUCCUCAAGGAGUAUCUGACCCUGAGGGCCUUUGUGGCCAAGGUCAUCGGUCUGACGGCCACGCUGGGCAGCGGCAUGCCGGUCGGCAAAGAAGGUCCAUUUGUGCACAUCGCCAGCAUCUGCGCUGCCGUGCUCAGCAGGUUCAUGUCCUUCUUCUCUGGCGUCUACCAGAACCCGUACUGUUACACCGACAUCCUGACAGUGGGCUGUGCUGUGGGAGUGGGCUGCUGCUUCGGAACGCCGCUCGGAGGUGUGCUCUUCAGCAUCGAGGUCACUUCCACGUACUUUGCGGUCAGAAACUACUGGAGGGGAUACUUUGCUGCCACAUUCAGUGCCUUCAUAUUCAGAGUUUUAUCCGUCUUCAACAAAGACGCGGUCACCAUCACUGCUCUCUUCAGGACAAACUUCAGGCUGGAUUUCCCCUUUGACCUCCAGGAGCUUCCCGCCUUUGCCAUCAUUGGCAUCACCUGCGGGUUCCUGGGGGCGUUCUUCGUCUACCUCAACAGACAGGUGGUGCUGCUGAUGAGACGGCCCAACGCCGUCACACGUUUUCUCAGCAAACACCGUCUGGUUUUUCCCGCCGCGGUCACCCUGCUCAUUGCCACACUGACCUUCCCUGCCGGGUUUGGACAGUUCAUGGCCGGAGAGCUGAUGCCCAGAGAAUGCAUCAACUCUCUGUUUGACAACUACACAUGGACCAAGAUUUCCACAUCGCUGCCGCUGCCGCCCGGCCUGGGCCGCUCCAGGGUGUGGUUUCACCCUGACGUCAGCAUCUUUGUGGUCCUUCUGCUCUUCUUCCUCAUGAAGUUUUGGAUGUCGGCGGUGGCGACCGCCAUGCCCAUCCCGUCGGGAGCCUUCAUGCCCGUCUUCAUCCUGGGCGCCGCCUUCGGCCGGCUGGUUGGGGAGAUCAUGGCUGCCAUCUUCCCUCACGGCAUCGUCUUUGACGGCAUCCUUUAUCGCAUCAUCCCCGGAGGCUACGCCGUCAUUGGGGCGGCGGCCAUGAGCGGGGCGGUGACCCACACGGUGUCCACGGCUGUCAUCUGCUUUGAGCUAACGGGUCAGAUCUCCCACGUGCUGCCCAUGAUGGUCGCUGUGAUCCUGGCUAACAUGGUGGCACAGGGCCUGCAGCCCUCGCUCUACGACUCCAUCAUCCAGGUCAAGAAGCUGCCCUACCUGCCAGAACUCGGCUUCCGGCACGUCAGCCAGUACAACAUCUUCGUGGAGGACAUCAUGGUGAGGAAGGUCAAGUUCAUCUCCUGCCAGUCCACCUGCAGAGAAGUCCAACACCUGUUAAACUCAUCCUCGCUGGAAACCAUCCCUCUGGUGGACUCCCAAGACUCCAUGAUCCUGCUGGGAAGCAUUGACAGGGUGGAGCUGCUGGCGCUCUGUGAUUGGUGGCUGUCGCCCGAGAGACGCCACCUGAUGCGGGGUGCCGGCCUGAUGCAGGACAAUCCAUCGAGCAAACUCAGCAGAGAGGAGGCCGAGCGGGGAGAAGAAGACGAGGGCGAUGAGGGCGGCGCCAUGCGAGCGGAGAAGAACGGUCCAUUUCCUCCUUGUAGACCUCAGGAGUGCAACUCCACUCUUCCACUUCCUGGCCCUCAGCAGAGUGUGAGGGGAACACUAAUGAGCCGUUUCAGCCCGCAAGGCGGCCAUGCAGAGCGCCACCAACAGGAGCCCCGCCCCCCUCCGGUGUCAAUCACCACAUCACCACAGGAGAUGAAAGCGUGGGAAGAAGUGGAGAUGGACAAGCCGAUGGAGAUAGACGAGAUCCGGGUGGACCCCUCCCCCUUCCAGCUGGUGGAGAGAACAUCGCUGCACAAGACUCACACGCUCUUCUCCCUUCUGGGUCUAAGCCACGCCUACGUGACCAGCAUCGGAAAGCUGGUGGGCGUGGUGGCACUGAAGGAGCUCCAAAAGGCCAUCGAAGGCUCCUCCCACUCCGGCGUGCGGCUUCGCCCCCCGCUGGCCAGCCUCAGCGAGAUCAGCAACCGUAACUCUGUCACAAGACACGCCCCUUCCUCCCACUCCACAACUUCUUCGCCGGGCGCCACUGGCCCCACCCAUCGGCCACACAGCCCGCUAGGCGACAGAGAGGUGGAGGCGUGGUCGGUGGGCGGAGACAAGAGCGGCGGCGACACCCCACCGUCUGAGAGGCAUCCGGACGGGGGUGGAGACAGCGGGGAAGAGCCAAUGGUGUGAAGAAGCAAUACAGGAAGUGACACUUAAGGGGCUUAAUGAUCCGUUACGGGCUGUGUGUGUUUUUCACACACUUCCUUAAUACACGUCACUAUUUGAAAGAAGGUAAAGAAGUCAUUCAACUGGCACAACGCUGCCCUCUAGUGGCGCUAGCGUGUUCUGCUUUUUAGAAGCAACACGGUUUAUGACUUUACUGUAAUUACCUUUAUCACCUGCGGACUCAGUAAAAAAAAUAGAAUUUCAUUUUUUCACUUAAAAUCCCUCAAGCCCACGAACUAUUGAUUUUUUUUGGUGGACUAAUGGAGCUGCUGAGUCCAGUGUGGAUCACGACUGGCUCUAGCCCCGGAACGACCUCCAAAUUGCGUGACGACCUUGUGUCUGCAGCCAGCGAGCUCAUCUCAUCUCACUUAAGUUGAUGGACGAUGCAGCUCAAGGCGCCUGACGACAAACUCGGCCAAAUGGCCUUUGGCUGAAUGUGCUCAAAGAAGAAAACUUUAUUUGUACCUACCUGUGUUCCUCAACAUUCAUACACAUACAUGUACAUGUCCUGUUUUCCCCUUUUAUUAUAAAAAAAAGCA